ACAGCGGAUAGCAGACGCGAAAUCAUUCCCUUUUGAGCGUAUUAACGGCGUUUUACAACGUUUAGGCUUCUUUUUAUUUGAUAUCACAAGAACCAUUUCAUCUGGUUUAAAAUGUGGACAGGAUUCUGGAUUUGCAGUUUUUCUACCAAACUUCUAUUUUUUACCAUUUCUGUUGUCCGUCUCCCCGGCAGUAAUGGAGAUUUGAGCUAUACUAUACCAGAGGAGAUGAAGCGAGGAGCUGUGGUCGGUAACAUAGCGAAGGACCUCGGGAUGGAUUCCAGAGGAUUAUUAUCACGUAAAGCUCGGUUAGAUUUGAAGGGUACUCGCAAACGUUUUUGUGAUAUUAAUGUGCAAUCUGGAGAGGCUGUCAUUGCGGAAAGGAUUGACCGAGAAGAAUUGUGCAGUUCCAAGGUUUCUUGCUCUUUAAAGUACGAACUUGUCUUGGAAGAACCAUUAGAAUUGCAUCAGAUAUUGGUGCAAAUUCAAGAUGUAAACGAUAACUCACCUCGGUUUUCAAGCGAUGAAAUUAAACUUGAAAUCCACGAAUCCGCAGUAAGAGGCACACGCUUUCCAUUGAAAGAGGCACACGACUUGGACGUGGGGCGGAAUGGCAUACAAGGCUAUUCGCUGGAAAAGAACGAGCAUUUCACUUUGGCUGUUCAUUCGAAUGCCGACGGAGGUAAACGCAGUGAAUUAGUUUUAGACAAAGAGCUAGACCGUGAGCAGGAGCAAGAGGUGACGUUAUUGCUUACUGCUACAGACGGAGGUACACCGCCAAGAUCCGGUACUGUACCCAUACAUGUUACUGUACUUGAUGCAAACGAUAAUUUACCAGUAUUCAGUCAAUCUGUGUAUAAAGCCAGUCUACCUGAAAACUCCCCUUUAGGCACAGUGGUUCUCACUAUAAGCGCCACCGAUGCAGAUGAAGGAGCGAACGGGGAGGUCACAUAUGAAUUUAGUCGCAUAUCUGAUAGAGCUGCAAGGCUCUUCACAAUAGACAAAAUCAGUGGAGAGGUGAAAGUGUCUGGACCAAUAGACUUUGAGGAUGAGACUGAGUAUGAAAUUGGAGUCCAGGCAUCAGAUGCCUCUGGGUUAGCCUCCAAUGCCAAAAUAUUUAUAGAAAUAACUGAUGUAAAUGAUAAUGCACCUGUGAUAUUUCUAAAGUCACUGAAAAAUCCAGUCCCAGAAAAUAUGUCGCCUGGCACAGAAAUUGGAAUUAUUAAUGUACAAGAUGAGGAUUCAGAGGGUGAUCGUCCCGUCCGCUGCACUAUUCAGCCGAAUGUUCCUUUUAAAUUAAAUCCAUCAAUAAGGAAUUAUUUUUCACUAGUAACUACUAGUGAACUUGAUCGAGAACAAAUUAGUGAUUACAAUAUAACCAUCACUGCUACUGAUGAUGGUGUGACACCAUUGUCAUCCUCCAAAACUAUUAAAUUAUCAGUGUCUGAUGUAAAUGAUAACCCUCCUGUAUUUAAACAUCAGUCCUACAGCGCAUAUGUGACUGAGAAUAACAAGCCUGGCUCCUCUGUCUGUUCUGUUACUGCGAGAGACCCAGACUGGAGACAGAAUGGCACAGUGUUCUACUCUCUGUUGCCCAGUGAGGUCAAUGGUGUUCCGGUCUCCUCAUAUGUAUCCAUUAAUGGAGACACAGGGGUGAUCCAUGCUGUGAGGGCCUUUGACUAUGAGCAGUUCAGAAGCUUCAAAGUUCAGGUUGUAGCCAGAGACAAUGGUUCUCCUCCACUCAGCAGCAACGUGACUGUGAGUGUGUUCAUAACAGAUGAGAAUGAUAACUCUCCUCAGAUAUUAUACCCUACUCCAGAAGGACUGAGGACCAACUCCUUCAUGACUGAGAUGGUUCCUAAAGCUGCUCUUUCUGGCUCGCUGGUCUCCAAAGUGAUCGCUGUUGAUGCUGACUCUGGACAGAACGCGUGGCUGUCGUAUCAGAUCGUGAAGUCCACUGAUCCGGGACUUUUCACUAUUGGUCUCCACAGUGGAGAGAUCAGGGCUCAGAGGGACAUUUCUGAAUCUGACAGCAUGAAGCAGAACCUUGUGAUCUCAGUGAAAGAUAACGGACAGCCCUCUCUCUCUACAACCUGUGCCGUAUAUUUACUCAUCUCUGAUAACUUGGCUGAAGUUCCUGAGCUGAAGGACAUGUCUUAUGAGGAAAGCAAUUCUAAACUCACAUCUUAUCUGAUCAUUGCUCUGGUG